AUGAGAUAUUUGAAAUAUGAAGUGGGAGACUAUGUCUUCAUCAGGGUAACGGCUAUGAAAGGGCAAACAAGAUUUGGCAGAAAAUGGAAAUUUACUCCAAGUUACAUCGAGCCAUUUCUAAUUCUUGAGAGACUUGGCCCUGUUGCUUAUCGUGUUGCUUUACCGCCAGGAAUGCACAAUGUCUUCCACAUAUCAAUUCUCCACGGAUACCUUAGAGAUCCAUUCCAUGUCAUAGACUACCAAAGAAUAGUGCUAGAUGAUGACAUGAUCUAUGAAGAGAAGCCAAUUCAAAUUAUUGAUCGGCAAGUCAAGCAAUUGAGAAACAACUCCAUUUCUAUGGUAAAAGUUGAAUGGAAAGAACAUUGUGGGAAAGAAGCAACGUGGGAACAAGAGGACGAAAUGAGACAACACUACCCGGAAUUGUUUCCAAAUUGA